AUGGUCGGAAUCAACAUCAACAACUGGUUUAGCGCUCGAGGCAACAGUAGCAGUACCAGUCCCAGUCCCAGUCCCAGUGCCGGUCCUAAUCCCACUCCCAAUCUCAAUCUCAAUCCCAAUCCCAAUCCCAAUCCCAAUAUCAACACCAAUACCAAUAAUCCCCAUAUCAAUCCCCAUAGCCCAACUAGUACAACGACAACGACCGCGACCACAACCGCGACCACAACCGUUCUACCGGCGCCGGCAACGACGGACGCAGCCGCAGCUCCACUACGUGAGCAUCUCCGACCGAUCGCCCCUCGAUUUUCAGAUUUCUCCCUCUCCCUCUCCCUCUCCCACUCCCACUCCCACUCCCACUCCCUCUCUCACGGCCCAAUUCCGGUGCCAGACCUGGAUGCGACCGUGAACCAACCUCGCAUCCCCGACAGCGACGUGGACCUGAUCGGCGGCGGCGACAAUUCUCUGCUGACGCUGCCCUCGCCCACACCCGUUACCGCACCCAUCAACAUCGCCGUCCCCUCCCGACAUUCAUUAUCCUCCCCGUCAUCGCAGGGCGCGGGUCUCAAAAAGUCGACCACCACCACCAUCACCACCACCACCACCCGCACCACCAGCAGCAACAACAACAAAAACAACAUCGACAACAGCAACAGCAACAGCAACAGCAACAACAAUCAUAAUAACCGCUUCCUCCACGUCAACGCCGACUCCUACACCUCGGCCAUGAUGGGUGGCACCACCACCACCGUCGAGAGCACGGCGAAACCCAUCUCCAUGAACAUUCCGACCCCAAGCGCAAACGGGAGGGCGCGUCGGGAGAGUUUGGCGGGGAGCGUGGCGCAAGGUAUGAGUUGGGGAGGCGUCUCGGUGGGAAGCUGGAUCAGAGAUGACAUCAUCAUGGCUGGGACCUCCCCGUUCCCCUACCAGUCGCCCUCCUACCACUCCUCCUCCUACCUACCCAAACUCGAGGCCAAUUUCAUGAAGGACUUCGCCUGCUGCGGCCAGACCCUACCCACUCUCCACGAUCUCUUGCAGCACUUCGAGGAGGCACACGCGAAGCAGAACAAUGAUGAUCUGCGCACCCCGACGGCAGCAGCGAGAACACGAGAGAAUCCCGCGCCCAACAGCAAAGCAGCUCUCGCCGCACAAGCUGCCACCUUGGUCCAGCAGCAAGCCCAACAACAUCUGCUGCUGCAGAACCCGCAACUCCCCGCCCCGCGACCUCAUGGUCUCCAGAUGCCCCCGAGUGGACCGAGUGUGGGUGGCAUCCAACUGAUGCGCCAGCAACAGCAAUCCCAGCCCUCGACACCGCUGCCGAACCACGUCCCGCCCAUUGUGGGAGACAUGGAUGUGGAUAUGGAGCUGGACGAUGCCAUGGGACCGCUGGACCACAACUCAGCAGAGACGCCGGCCCCCAUGUACCAGCCAAAUCAAUCCGCUCAGCAAUCCUUCAACUUUGGGCAGCCACCGCGACCGAACCUCAAUCUGAAUCAAGGGGGCAUGCAACACUCCGGCCUGCGGACGACGUCCCAGCCGCCAACGCCCUCUACGGCCGGCUUUGGGUACCAGCAUAAUCCUACCGUUUCCUCGGUCAACACCCCGACGCUCAGUGCCCAACCCACGCAUCAGCAGUCACACCAAUUCUCGCCCGAUGACUCGGUGCCGAGCACGCCGGCGGGUGAGAUGGAAGACUCCUUUGCCAACGUGCCCACGGACAUCUACAGCAUCCACAACGUCGACAUGACCUACACGGCUCCGGGUCUCUCGAACUACCCGUUCGGCAUGGAUUCGGAGAACCUGUCACUGGACCUCUGCAUCGAUGAGCCGGCCAAGCGCUUGUACAGCCCGAACGGCGUCAUCCAACAACGGCUCCAGCAGCAGUUCGCCCAAUUCGGUUUGGGACAGGGUCAGUUUGGGAACAAUGAUGAGCUGAUGCGAGCCUACCGGCAGCAGCAGAUGAUGGCGAUGAACGCUAUGCCCCACGCGGCUCUGAUGCUGGGAGAAGAGCACAAGCCAUUCAGAUGUCCGGUCAUUGGCUGUGAGAAGGCGUACAAGAACCAGAAUGGUCUGAAGUAUCACAAGACUCACGGUCACCAAACCCAACAGCUGCACGAGAAUGGCGACGGCACCUUCUCCAUUGUCAACCCCGAGACCUCGGUCCCGUACCCCGGCACGCUCGGUAUGGAGAAGGAGAAGCCUUACAAAUGCGACGUCUGUGGCAAGCGAUACAAGAACCUCAACGGAUUGAAAUACCACAAGCAGCAUUCGCCUCCUUGCAAUCCCGAACUCAAGUUGAACAGUCACAUGGCAGCUGCCGGUCUCGGUCCCCUGGGCAUGAACAUUCCUGGUCUCCCGGGAAUCGGCGAGGAGAGCAUGAUGUAA